UCCGAGGAUGCUGCACUCCUUUUUUUGUUGUUGCUUAUUCUGUCGGCUAUUUUUUUUCAACUACAAUGAUGUCUGUGCUUUCCAGAGCACCGCUUCAGAAGGUUGCUGUGUCUGUGAUGGUCCUGCUGACAUGCUAUUUCAUGAUAUCCUGUCACUGUCCUGAAAAGUUGACGAAAGAGGUUCCCACUCAAGAAAAACCGAGGUUGAAACCCCAGAGUCCUCUUCCCAAGUCUGAUCCAUGCAACUGUCCUCCGGGCUCAUCGGUCCUCAAGAAUGAAGUCCCGAAGGAUGAGUAUGAGGAGCUGGUGCGACGCAGAGCCAAGGAGCUCCAACAAUUCAAGAUCAGGACCACGUCUGUAUUGUCCACACCGUUGAUUGCUUUGCCCAACUCUCCCCUGCAGUACCCUAUCCAGGGUGUCCAUGCACAGCCUCUGAUUUCCACUCCUGUACCAGGUUUAGCACUGCAUGCAGGACAAAGAAGCAGCUACAAGGUCUCCUUGGAAGUGUCCAAAGGGGUCCUGACCACAGAGAUUGCUGAUGGAGGGAUGGUGCAAGGUGAUGGGAAGACCAAGCUUAUUAUGGAGUCUAGCAGCCUGGUGAUCCUGAACUACCUGCUGGCUAAAGUGGUUUACACCAGCACGAUCUACCACAUACAUACUGGAGACCUCGGUAUGAAGACAUUGGAAGCAAGAAAUCAAAAUUUAUCUUUACAGAAAUUAACUGCUCAAAAUUGCAAUCAGUUGUCGAUGUUUUGUGCAGCUAUAUGUAUCUGCAUACAUUUAUUUUUCUGUGUGUUUAAUGUUCAUCUGGAGAAAUUAAAAUCAGUCAGUGGAAAAUGUUGGUGCAGUUUGAUUGAGAGUGUACUUUAAAAGUUGUUUCUGUACUUAGUAUCCUUCCAGUUUGAGGAGCAUGAGGCCGUGUUUCCCAUCACUAUCAAACAGCCUCUCCUUCCAGUCUUGUACAACAUGGGAAAAAGUAGGUGUGCGCUCCUCCUGCCUGUCUCAGGGGUUAAACAUCAAGUAAACGCUCGGUGGAUGAACAUUUGUAUUUUUCUAUGUUUGUGACUACAAAAAAGGACAAUGACUGGUUUUAGCUUUUGUUGUGCUAGUCUCAUGCGAUAAAAAUACACUAAAAGAACACUGUAAUAGGGCGCCUAGCAAGUUUAUGUUCACGCAUGUGCAAUCAGCUGGAGCAGCAAUGAAAUGAUAACUUCCUAUCUGUUCAGGUCGGAGCGCCUGAACCCCGAGCAGGGACAGUUAGACUUGUGUUUUCACCUGUCUUUUCUUUUUGGAACUCUUUGCUUACUUCUCUUCUUGGUCAGAUGUGAGCUCUCACGUCACCGUCAUCACCAAGACGUUCCUGCGCUACCCAUGACUCAAGGUGUUGCUGAGUAGCAUCCGGCGUUUCUAU